UUCAAAAAAACUUUUUUUUUUUCUCUCGCCUCUCGGCACAGAAAGUAGUGAUAGUGGAAGUGCUGGUGGAUGGGUUUUACGGCGGAUCAAUUACAAGGCCAUUCGACCGGAGACUCUUUCUUGCAGCCGAAAAACAACUGUGACCACAAUCGUCUAGGGGUUGAUCAGCACUUUGCCUGAACCGCAGCGGACAGUGUUCUGUUACAUAACCGUUCGCGUAUUCUCCCGGCCAACCGGCCAAUGUUUGUUUUGGCAACGGGAAUCUGCAUGCAGCAAGCUUGUUGAAGAUCCGUCGUCGUCGUCCGUCGCAUGACAAAGUACAAGGCCGCGCAGCAGCACGGAUGAGGAAAAAAUCAAUGUUUUAGAAGCAUUUUCGAUAAAACAUUGUCGUGCGAAAAAAAAAAAAACGAAAAGAGCUGAGAUAAGCCAGUGUGCAAGUGAUAAAAGGAACAGAAGAUGGCCAGCACUGGAAGCACGGGAUCGACCUUUCCCAAGUGGCAGCUGGCGGUUCUGAUUGGAGCACCGGUGGCCCUCGGAAUUGGCUAUCUGUACUGGAAGAAAUCGACCGAAGCGGAAGAGGGUUCGGGCGAUAAGCUGACCAAGAAGAAACUGGGCGAGAUUAAGGAUAAAACCAUAUCGCUGGAUGGGGAUGAACGGUCACGGUCCCAGCAGGAUGCACCGGCCAAAAAGAAGGCACCCACACCGCUGGAAGAAGCGCAAAAGCACAAGAACGAAGGGAAUACGCAUUUUCGGGAUGGUAAAUACGAUCAAGCCAUAAAGGAAUACGACUUGGCCAUUGAGAAGUGUCCAGUAACAGAGACCAACGAUCUGUCUACCUUCUACCAGAACCGAGCAGCCGCCUAUGAACAUCUCCAAAGAUGGACGGCCGUAAUCGAUGAUUGUAGCAAAGCUCUCCAGUGCAAUCCCAAAUACCUGAAAGCUCUCAAACGAAGAGCUAAGGCUUACGAGCAGCAAAAGGAACUGGCGGCGUCCCUGGAGGACACCACGGCUGCCUGUAUUCUCGAAGGGUUCCAAAACAAGCACACGCUAAUUUUGGCCGAUCGUGUCCUAAAGGAACUGGGAAAACAACACGCCCAGGAAGCUCUUAAGGAGAAACAAAACGUUCAACCGUCGAAAUUCUUCGUUAAAAAUUACUUUGCUUCGUUCUCGGACGAUCCCAUUAAGAAGCUGGUCAUUGCCAGCACUGAACCAAAGGGUUUCGUCAAAGCAAAGCUUCUGUUGGAUCAGGGACAAUACGAGGGAAUCGUUGCCGCAUGCACCGAAGAAAUCGAAUCCAGCGAAGCCGAAUCGGAAUACAAAGUCGAAGCUCUGCUCUUGAGAGCCACGUUUUAUAUGCUAACUGCAAACUAUCCGGAAGGAACCGCUGACCUGGAAGCGGUCAUCGCAUCGGAAUUGGCCGACAAGAAAAUUCGCUCAAAUGCCCUGAUAAAACGAGCAUCUCUUGCCAUGCAAACGCAACCCAACACACCAGAGGAAUGCUUCCGAUACUUCAGCAUGGCCGAGGAUCUGGAUCCGAAGAACAGCGACAUCUACCACCACCGUGGACAGGUUUACAUUCUGAUAGAACGUCUCGAAGACGCCAUCGCUGAUUUUGAAAAGGCAUGUUCUCUUAAUCCCAGCUCUGGAAUCAUUGAGAUCCACCGGUGCUACGCCAGCUAUAGGUUAGCUCUUACCAACAAAGACGAAUACGCCCUCCGUAAGGUGAUGGACGGUUUCCGAAACGCCAUCGAACGGUUCCCGGAUUGCGUCGAAUGCUACAGCCUGAUGGCCCAGGUGCUAUCCGAUCAGCAAGAGUUCUCGGAGGCCGACAACUUCUACAACAAAGCCAUCAAAAUCGAACCGGAAAAUGCCCAGAUUUUCGUCCACAAGGCACUUCUGCAGCUCCAGUGGAAGGCGGACAUCGUGGCCGCCGUGGAACUGAUCGAAAAGGCCAUCCAGGUGGACGACAAAUGCGAGUUUGCGUACGAAACCCUCGGAACCAUCCAGGUCCAACGGGGAGAGCUGCAGGAAGCGAUCAAGCUCUUCGACAGUGCCAUCAAGCUGGCCAAGACGGAGAUGGAGCUGAUCCAUUUGUACUCGCUCAAGGAUGCGGCCAUCGCGCAGGUUAACGUGACGAAAAAUAUGGGACUGGACAUUAGGAACUUUGUCGGCAUGGGGCAGCCGUCGUUCUAAAAACAUCACACCCCUCUAACGCAAUGCUUUUAUCUACCUUCACCAACCGAGUUGACUAAGCAGCUUGAUUCCGCAUAGCGCCAAAAUUGUAAGUUAAUUUUGUUCAUCUUCUGGAAGAUUGUUUGCCAGGAGAGCGCGUAAUAGAUUGUAACAAUACAUUGUGCUAAAUUUCCUUAUUUGUAGUUAGUAUCUGUCUUUAUUUUGCUAGAAAAUAAAUACUUGUUUCGAAGCAGCGACCUAAACAAAUCCAACAAUGGCAAGAACAGUAAAUGCAGAUUAUUUGAAAUUGUGGUAAUUUUAAAUCUUAAGCCGUACAUACAAACGAUUGUAUGAUAGAUGCAAUUGAAUACAAUAAGAAGUUAUGUUUAAA